AACGUCCCGCGCAACGAAGGCUAGCUAGCGAGCGUGCGUGCGUUAUAUCAGGUUAUAUCCGGGCUCACAUCCAUUUUACCUGAUCUUUAAUCUAAGUAUUCGGUCUAGUGAUGGUAAGGUGUUAAUUGGGAGGGCUUAUUCGCCCCGAAUCGAUGCUGGCACAGCCAAGAGUUAACUCGAUUGCAUGGCCCACGUUUUUCACAGCCGGAAACCCAACUCAUUAAGACUGAAUACAUAUCGUCGUCUGUCAAGUUUUUUUAAGGCAAAGAACAAACAAUGGGUAUAAUAUUUAGAAUUUCAUGAGGUUGUCUGGGGGCAGAUUGUACUGUUAGUUACUCUACACGCCACGGGAGAGCGUACAGCUGGACGUCAACGUCUGCAAAGAAAUACCAACCAGGGGUACGACAAGUUGUGAAUCCGUUUGUUUUCCCAAACUUUUCGGAGUUGAUUAAAUUCGACAAUUCAGGCAACUUCUCAAGCGUACAGGGAAUAUUUGUGCCGACCCCGAGCUCCACCUGUGUUGCUAAUUAUUACGUCACAUCCUGUUUCUACACUGGAAGAGAGAAAUUCUACCGCAUUGGAAUGUCUGUCACAAACAAUAAUUCGACCAUGAUUGGAAAAAUAGCGCCUGUGAUGCUUUUGGCGAUUUUGACCAAUUCUUGUGUGGCAUCUCCGACCAACCUGGUAGACUCGGAGAAGCUGGAGAAGCGAAUGUUGGCCGCGUUCGGCUUACAUGAACGGCCGCGUCCGAAGCCAACCGUGACAGUGCCACAAUUUAUGUUGGAUCUGUAUAAACGAGUGGAAAUGGGUAACGUAAAGACACUGGAAAGCCCACGAUGUCAGUUUGUUGACAGUAACAUUCCAGGCAACAUCGUACGCAGUUUUCCGAACAGAGGUACUACAUUGAAACAGUCAAAUUCUUCUCGUGGCGACAUUUGUUUUCGUCGCAAACUUCUGUAUAAUGUGUCUACCGUACCACUCGGAGAGAAAAUCCACACUGCCGAGGUACGACUGGAAUUCCCCCAUAGUAUACAGAGCUGGGGUAUUCCUACUGGAUUGGUGUAUAUCGUGAAAAUAUAUCAAAUGCUCUCAAAUACUACCGCGGUGGACGGUGGGAAACAGCUUAAGUUGUUGGUUUCGAGAGAACUGCAACGACAUAAACAAAAUUACCGACCGUAUGACAUCGUCAGUGCCGUCAGAAUGUGGCAGGCGGAUCCAAGCACCAAUCACGGGCUUUUGUUAACUUUGGAGACGGAGGAUAACAAUAUACCGGAUAACUAUGGGAACUGUCCAGAUAUUCCCUCAUAUCAACCAACAUUGGAAAUGAUCUCCGAAGACGACAGUCAAUGUGAAAAGCGAACGAAACGAGCAAGCUCCGGUCGAAAUCGUAAGAAGCCCGAGCACGCCGAUAUAUGUAAACGUCACCCUCUAUAUGUAAAUUUUCGUGAAGUUGGCUGGCAUGAUUGGAUCAUUGCUCCGGCAGGUUACGAAGCUUUCUAUUGCCAUGGUGACUGUCCAUUCCCCUUGAAUGAGAAUCUGAAUGGUACCAAUCAUGCAAUUAUUCAGACUUUAGUGAAUACCAUCGAACCCAAUGCCGUCAAAUCUAAAGCUUGCUGUGCUCCCACCAAACUUUCUUCUAUCUCUAUGCUCUACUUCGAUAACAACGACAACGUUGUGCUGCGACAGUAUGAAAAUAUGGUUGUUGAAGCUUGUGGCUGUCUGUAAAGUUUUUUUUUUCAUUAUAAUUUCUUAAGUUGCAAUAUUUGUUUUAUUUUGCUGAAAAAAAACUUCACGAUAUUCCUCUCCAGCUGCGAGCCUCGAUGUGUGCAGUAGAGUACAUUUAUUUUUUUUAAAUUUAAAUUGUUUAUUAGCAAAGGGCUUUUUUUUGUAAUAAGAGUUAUAUCGGCUGUCAUUACAUUUUAACACUUCGUUGUUUUACUUUAAGAAUUUGUACAAACACAACACGUCAAACAAAUGUGUGUAGAGGAUUUGUGAUAACGAGAGAAUUCACAGGCUUCUAUCAUUCUCACAAUCCCAACCAGUUCUGGAAAAAGUUCCAGAUAUUUUUUAGAAUAUUUCCGUAUAGAAUAUUACCGCAUUUUUACUAUAACCUGGUGCGUUUCCCAAUCAGUGCUAGUUGUCACGCGUUUUCAUGUCUGUACCAAAAAAUGGACCUACAGACAUGCAAAUGACCAGACCAUUGGUUUUAGUAAACUUGUGAAAAUCCUUUAUUAAAUAGGUGUUGUGCAAAUAUCAUUAAUCUUGUUUAAUUUUUUUAAGAACAAAGUAAAAAAAAACGUGUAGACGCGAUUUUAAGAGUACGACUUUUCGAUUUUGUUCAGUAGUGUACAUUGUGGCGUAGUGCUGGAUUCAUUAUGUCUAUUUUGAUAACCAGGAAAUGACUGCCUUUCCUGGCACCAUGGACCUCCAUCCUGGCACCAGACAGUAUUAGCUUAGGAAACACCGAAGUCCAGUCUGUCGAGCUUUUAUGUAAAUACGAUUAGAAAUAAAGCUGACUUGCUGUUAAUUUUGUAGAUAAUAUUGUAUUGUGAAUUGAUUGGCAUCGCAUUCUCUUUCAGCGUUGUAUAAACAUUUUCUACGAUCAAACGUAAACAUCCUUUAAUUUAACUUGAAAAAAGUCUUGUUAUCAAAUGGAUAUUGUAAUGACAUAUUUCAUUAAGUAAAAUGCUUUCCUUGAUGAAGGCUUCACCGCGUGUUUAUCGACGCAGUCUCCCAUGUCAUUCGCGAAUGCUCAUUUUGCCGUGUUAUAAAGGCUUUCCAUGUCAUUAUCACUAAUGACGAUAUUUUAGUAUUACAUAUGGCACAUUGUCGGGGUGGAUUUUAGACAAUGAGUACAGUGACGGCUUUGGUGCAUUUGGGUGGCUUCUCCUAUAACGUCCAAAAUACUUUUCCAAUCAACCUGAAUAAAAAAAUAAAAUAA